AGUACCGAGUACUUGCAGAUCGAGCAAGCGGUGGUAUUAUUAGGGGGAACGAGGAUUUUAUGACAGGAAAUAGCAGCAAAGUUAUGGAACAGGGUUGAUGUAUAUUGUAAAGAUUACUUGGUAAUGAUCUGAAAAAACAAUGGCUCAACGAAACAGUGCAUCAGAACUGCGACGGGGUGGUAAAUGUGUUACUGUAACUGGAGGUUCUAUUGCGAUCCUUUUAGCCCCAGUAACCAGUCGAGAUGAUAGUGACAUCGGGCAGAAAGCGUCCCGUCGUGGGACUGGCCGUGAUGUCUUUCGCGACUUUCAGCGUGAGAAUAAACUUAAUUUAUGGAACAAACCGCUCGCAGAAUCCAUGAGGGAAUUAACUUAUUUAGGCUGGUUUGAACCUGGAACAUUAUUCGUGCAAGGAACAGAAAAGGGACUGGAUGGUCUACGAGAAGCUUUCUCAAGAAGAGUACUAAAGCCACCGAGGAACUUCACAAUCCAUAAUCUUGAAUAUCUUACAUUGAUUAGCCCGGAUCAAGUCUAGAUUGUACUGUAGAGA